AUGGUUAAGCAAAUUCAGCACCCCACAGCAUCACUGAUUGCUAAAGUAGCUACGGCGCAGGAUGACAUCACAGGCGACGGUACAACCUCGAAUGUCCUCAUCAUCGGCGAGCUGUUGAAGCAGGCUGACCUCUACGUCUCAGAGGGUCUACAUCCAAGAAUAAUAGCCGAAGGCUUUGAGGCAGCAAAAGAGAAAGCCCUCACUGUUCUGGAGGAACUGAAAGUCACUCGGGAGAUGGACAGAGAGACGCUCAUCCAUGUAGCCAGAACUUCUCUGAGGACCAAGGUCCACACUGAGCUGGCCGACCUGCUCACUGAGGCUGUGGUAGAUGCUGUGCUCACCAUCUCUAAACCUGGGGAACCCAUUGACCUGUACAUGGUGGAAAUCAUGGAGAUGAAGCAUAAGACUGAGAGCGACACACAACUGAUCAAAGGUUUGGUGCUGGAUCACGGAGCCAGACAUCCAGACAUGAAGAAGAGGGUGGAGGACGCUUUCAUUCUAACAUGCAACGUCUCUCUGGAGUACGAGAAGACAGAGGUCAACUCUGGCUUCUUCUACAAGAGCGCUGGGGAGAGGGAGAAGCUUGUGGCUGCAGAGAGGAAGUUCAUCGAGGAGCGCGUGCAGAAGAUCAUCGACUUGAAGAAGAAAGUCUGUCCCAAUGACGACAAGGGCUUUGUUGUCAUCAACCAAAAGGGCAUCGAUCCAUUCUCCCUGGACGCUCUCGCUAAGGAAGGAAUAGUCGCCCUGCGCAGAGCCAAGAGGAGGAACAUGGAGAGACUCACCCUUGCUUGCGGUGGCAACGCCAUGAACUCUGUUGAUGACCUCACACCUGACUGCUUGGGUCACGCUGGGCUGGUUUAUGAACACACAUUAGGGGAGGAGAAAUACACGUUCAUAGAGAAGUGUGGGAACCCUCGCUCAGUUACACUGCUGAUAAAAGGUCCUAACAAACACACCCUGACGCAGAUCAAAGACGCCGUGAGGGAUGGUCUGCGCGCCGUCAAGAACGCCAUCGAAGACGGUUGCGUUGUGUCAGGUGCUGGUGCGCUUGAGGUGGCUUUGGCAGAUGCUCUGGUAAAACACAAGCCCAACGUGAAAGGCCGAGCCCAGCUAGGAGUCCAGGCAUUUGCAGAUGCUCUUCUCGUGAUCCCCAAGGUUUUGGCCCAGAACUCUGGCUAUGACCCUCAGGAGACCCUGCUGAAGCUGCAGACAGAGUACAAAGAGUCUGGUCAGCUAGUCGGAGUCGACCUCAGCACAGGUGAGCCGAUGGUGGCUGGAGAGGCAGGCGUUUGGGAUAACUACAAUGUUAAAAAACAGCUUCUCCAUUCAUGCACGGUGAUUGCCAGCAACAUCCUGUUGGUGGAUGAGAUCAUGCGAGCUGGAAUGUCUUCUCUGAAAGGUUAAAGAAGAGCCGCUGUACUUGUACUCCAGUGAUAGUUGUUUACCUGACGGUUCAGUCAAGGCGGCCCGGCUCUGGUCCGUCUGAAGCACCCCCUCAUCAAUGGCCAGCCCACUGAGCAAACCCUGCGGCGAGCCGUCUUAGCAUUCGCCAGAAAUCAUCGUUCACCUGCUCGUUUUUUUUUUUUUUCCAUGAUUUCUGCCCCCCCACCUCUCUGGAACGAUUGGUUUAUUUAUGCUACUUUGUUAAAAGCACUGAUCUCUGCAGUUCUGUUUCGGUCUAUUAAAAAAUGUUCUCGGCCUGCAA